AAAUUCUCUUCUUUUUUCGGUGCUUUCCCUUCCUUUGGAAACUCGUUCCACACAACCAGUGUCUCUCUUCUGUAUGAAAUUGGGCACUAUUCAAACAGAGCUUCGGGUGGCCAAAGGUGGCUACACGCCUGGGGAAGCUAUUCGUGUUAGUUUAAAUAUAAAGAAUGGAAGUAGAAGAAGUGUAAGGAAUGUGGCUAUUUGUCUUUGCCAAAUUGUUAAUUACAGGUCAAAAACAUUUGACGGCUCAGAAUCUUUUAAACAAACUCGGCAUAUAGUCCAAAAAGUAACUGUCACCGAUAAAAUUCGAAGAGGUACAGAAUUCCACUGGCAAGACAAACCAAUUUUAGUGCCUUCAAUUCCCCCUCGUAUGGUGACUAAAUGUAAAUUAAUUGAUGUUUCUUAUUGUUUGGAAUUACAAUUCAACAAUUCCCCCAAAUUCACCAUUUCUUUGCCUAUUGUUAUUGGAACAAUUCCAAUUUUGCCUGGAAUUUUGAAAAAUACAAAAAAUAAUAAUAAUGGAAUUAUUCAACAACAAAAUAAAGAUUUUGUUCAAGUAACUGUAACAGACGAAACUGGAAAAAUUUUGGGGAAAAAUGGGAAAAACGAGGAAAAUGUUGAAAAUGAUGAGGAGGACAGAAUGGACCCAGAAACUGAACAAUUGAGAAAAGAAGUUGCCAAAAAGAGGGUUAGAAUGCCUUCUUCUGUUUUGAGCGAGCUUUAUCCGGCAUUGGCUAGUCCUUAUUACAAAGAAUUUUAUCUUGGACCAGUACCAAUUUCUGACGACAAGGAACGAAAAUUUCAUUUUGGCAAAAAUCGUUAUGCUCCAAAAUAUCCAUUUUAUGAAUAA